GAUAUCUUUGAUAUCUCUUUUUUGGUUCAAUCAUUUCCUCAACUUGUUGGUUCAAUCACAAUUCACAAACACCAUGCGUUUGCAUUUUCGCUCGUUAGUCUUCUUACUCUACUGUAUCGUCUUCGCUUCAAGCUUCUUGAUGAUCAGUGCUCUUCGUACUUGUCGUCCUGACCAGAUCCAGGUUCUAAUGCAAUUCAAGAACGAGUUUGAAUCUGACGGUUGCAACCGCAGUGACUACUUAAACGGAGUCCAGUGUGAUAACGCGACUGGUGCGGUCACGAAGCUUCAGCUCCCAAGUGGUUGCUUCACUGGACCUCUCAAACCAAAUAGUAGCCUCUUCGAGUUGCAUCAGCUUCGUUACCUUAAUCUCUCUCACAACAACUUCACUUCCUCCUCACUCCCUUCUGAAUUCAGCAAUCUCAACAGAUUAGAGGUUUUGUCUCUUGCCUCUAGUAGCUUUACUGGUCAAUUUCCUUCCUCAAUUAGUAACCUUAUCUUGCUUACACACUUAAACCUUUCCCAUAAUGAGCUCACUGGUAGUUUCCCACUUGUAAGAAACCUAACAAAGCUUUCGUUUCUAGACCUUUCUUACAAUCAGUUCUCAGGAGCCGUACCUUCUGAUUUACUACCCACUUUGCCUUUCUUGUCUUAUCUUGAUUUGAAAAAGAAUCAUCUUACUGGUUCUAUUGAUGUUCCCAACUCUUCUUCUUCAUCUAAGCUAGUGCGUUUGUCCCUUGGGUAUAACCAAUUCGAAGGACAAAUCCUAGAGCCUAUCUCCAAGCUCAUCAACCUCAACUAUCUUGAACUUGCUUCCCUAAACAUAAGUUACCCAAUUGACUUACGGGUCUUCUCUCCUCUCAAAUCUUUGUUGGUCUUUGAUAUUCGUAAAAAUAGGUUAUUACCAGCCAGUUUAAGUUCAGAUUCAGAGAUUCUAUUGAGCUUAGUAAGCCUGAUUUUGGUGCAGUGCGACAUGAUCGAGUUUCCAAACAUCUUAAAGACCCUUCAAAACUUAGAGCAUAUAGACAUUUCCAACAAUCUAAUCAAAGGGAAAGUACCUGAGUGGUUUUGGAAGCUUCCUCGUCUUAGCAUAGCGAAUCUUGUUAACAAUUCUUUUACCGGUUUCGAAGGUUCUUCAGAAGUGUUACUUAACUCAUCAGUGCAGUUACUAGAUUUUGCCUAUAACUCUAUGACAGGAGCGUUUCCUAUUCCACCACUCAAUUCCAUCUACUUGUCUGCGUGGAACAAUAGUUUCACAGGGAACAUACCUCUCUCAAUCUGCAACCGAAGCUCUCUCGUCGUCCUUGAUCUAUCCUACAACAACUUCACCGGUCCAAUUCCUCAAUGUCUAAGUAACUUAAAAGUAGUGAAUCUGAGGAAGAACAGCUUGGAAGGAAGUAUACCUGACAAGUUCUAUAGAGGUGCUUUGACACAGACGCUUGACGUUGGUUACAAUCGACUAACCGGGAAGAUUCCAAAAUCACUUUUAAAUUGCUCCUUUCUGAAGUUUCUGAGUGUUGACAACAACAGAAUUGAAGACACGUUUCCUUUCUGGCUGAAGGCGCUACCCAAUUUGCAUGUCUUUACUCUCCGUUCAAACAGAUUCUUCGGCCAUCUCUCUCCUCCUGAUCGAGGUCCUCUCGCAUUUCCUGAGCUGCGGAUACUUGAAUUGUCGGAUAACAGCUUUACCGGAAGCUUGCCACCAAGUUUCUUUGUUAACUGGAAAGCAUCAUCAGUCAAGAUAAAUGAAGAUGGGCGUAUGUAUAUGGGAGACUACAAAAAUGCUUAUUAUAUCUAUGAAGACACUUUGGAUUUGCAAUACAAAGGUCUAUUCAUGGAGCAGGGGAAAGUCCUUACUUCCUACAGCACCAUUGAUUUCUCUGGAAACAAACUUGAAGGACAGAUUCCUGAGUCCAUUGGUCUGUUGAAGGAAUUGAUUGCGCUCAACUUAUCAAACAACGCCUUUACUGGCCAUAUUCCUAUGUCUUUGGCAAAUGUUACGGAGCUUGAGUCACUAGACCUGUCAAGAAACCAACUAUCAGGGAAUAUUCCUAGAGAACUCGGAAGCCUUUCGUUUUUGGCGUAUGUAAGUGUGGCUCAUAAUCAACUCAAAGGUGAAAUACCACAAGGACCACAGUUUAGUGGGCAAGCUGAAUCAUCAUUUGAAGGGAAUGUAGGUCUAUGUGGUCUUCCUCUCCAGGGAAAUUGCUUUGCGCCACCAACACUCUAUUCAAAGGAAGAAGACGAAGAAGAAGAAGAGGACGAAGUGUUAAACUGGAAAGCAGUGGUUAUCGGGUAUUGGCCUGGACUGUUACUUGGAUUGGUAAUGGCACACGUCAUUGCUUCAUUCAAGCCGAAGUGGUAUGUCAAGAUAGUUGGUCCAGAUAAGGGCAAGCAAGUAGAUCCAGUUAGAUUGUUUAUGACUCUGGAUUCAAGAUGGGACAGUUUUAAUAAUAAGGAUAAUGUAGAAGAAGAAAGUGAUACGAAAAUAUAGAAUGUGGAUAUGUUGUUACCUGAUGUAAGAAAGAAGUUGACUAGUUUCUGUAACUUUUGGUUCCCUAAAUUAAGAUCUCUCUUUUGGCUGAUAAUA